UGGUGCCGUCGCCGGCGCUGAUGCACGAGGGACAUCAAUGCGUUUAGUUUUUGCCGCGUUUAGUUGAAUUUCCUCGUUCGUCUCGAGUGCACUGCGGUCGCUUUUCCUACUGUGUGUUUUCUUUCGUUUGCGUGAUUUGUGCGUGCUCCACCGAAUUUCGUUCGAAUAACUGUUCAAAAUCUUUGACGCUUCGUCAAUAGCUGUGUUAUCCGUUUGAGAUCCCGUCGAAGUAAAUUGCUGUACGUUCGAGAACGAACUAUAUUCAGAAGUACACAUUGGAUUCAUCCAUAGCCUAUUUACCCAAUAGAUCAUGGACCAUAGGUAGAACCGACUGCAAGACGUAGAUUGAUUUGAAGAUCCAAUGUUGGAUGUCUUUAUCAUGUACUCGGUCCAAUAAGCAAUAAUAAUAUGACUGACUUCCAGCGGACUCGUAGCAAGGUGUGGUUUCCCAAUUUGGAUGAUGACGAUGAAGAUAUUCACCACUCGUGGCGCCGACAACCAUCCUCGUCACCGGAUAGCAGACGUGUGUCGUCUGGCAGCCCGAGCAACGGUAGUCACAAGUCACAGGACUCCGGUUUUUCAGACUCCGAGAGUAGUCCCUUAGGAUUGUCAAAAGCUUUGCCGAAAGAAGAUAAGCAAUAUGACAAUACGAAUGCGUUUACCGACAAAUUGCCAGACGGAGUGUUACCCGAAGCCCCAGUUCCUAGAGUGCCGUCGCCUUGCGAGCCCCAUCCACAAUCGCCCAAUCAUUGCAAUUGUCUUCUACCAGCUUGCGAAUUGUCCAGAAAGUUCCGUUCGUUUGAGUUCACCACCGCCGAGGAAACGUCACCAUUCAGACCGACGGUAAAAAGGUACGAGGAAGAACAACCUGCACGCACACCCAACCGGACUUGUUUUAUUGUUGAUGAAUUGCCAAAAACCACCGUAGUAUUGUCGACGCCGAGCUCAGUGAAAAGUUUUGACGGCCAUUUCGAUCAGUCUGAAAACGUUACUGUUGUAGAAAACAUAAAACAGGACUGCAUCAAAAAUAACGAAUUGAUUAUCGAUCCACCAACACCGUUUGUCGACCGUUUUAACGAUGUGGACACAGUGAGUCUAUGUGAAUCCGACAGACCGGGCUCACCUGAGCAUACGUCUACACCAAAAUCGACCAAAAACAGAUGUUGUACGCCCAGGUUACAUUAUAGAAAAGAUCUACAAUUAAAAAAACCAAAACAUCUAAAAAAUAGCUUUUCCAGAAUUGAACGUGAAAACGAAGUGCCUGUUGGCCAGUGGCUAAACGAACUGAGGUUUAGAUGUGAACCUGAAUGUAUGACCACUUUACAAUCGAAAUCAAUAGCAACUUCGGAAGAUGCUUGUCGUUUUUCUACUGUUGUCUGCACCGAUUCUGAAGUUGUGCGGGACCUUUAUCAACGUACAAAAUCCAUAUCUGAUGAAUUUAUAAAAGUUUACAGUGAUUUGAACAAAUGUCCAGUUGAUAAUUUUGGACCAUCUGUCCAUACAUUAACUGGUCUGUUGUUGGACUUUGUUUGUGAUCACGAGAGUGAACUACCUGAGCACGGCCAAGAGUUAUGCAUGGACUUGGUAGAUGUUUCCGAGAAACUGAGAAUUCAUGCUAACCGACGUCUAGGCAACAGAAAGAUUAUUCUAAACGACGUGUCCGCACUAGGACAAAUAUUUAGUGAAUUAAUCGACGCUUUGUUAAUGAAGAAAAUACAGUCUUUGGUGGACAUAUUGGAAGAACCAAGCACUGAUAUUGAGCUGGUUAAGACCAUGUCCAGUAUCAACAGCCUGGGAUUGGAAAGUGUUCAUCUUGGUAGCUUGGUGACGAAGUGCAAUGGUGUCCGAUCGUUGUUGACUGUUUGCAUAGAAGCCGCGUCCAGUACAGUCAGAUCGGCUGCCCUGCGCACACUGGCCAUGGUGUGUUGUUCGUCGGACAGCAUCAGACAAUUCGAAAAGGCUGGAGGCGUGGAGAUAUUAUCAGACGUAUUGGGCAGUAAAAACCGCUCGGAAAAAGAACUCACCGACGCCGUGUCAGUGUUGGCUCAGAUCACCGCUCCUUGGAUCGAAGACAACCACGUCGUCAACGGGCUAAGCGAAUACCUAGACACUAUUAUAUCAUCGUUGACAUACCUGGUGGAGACCACACGAUCGUCGGAAACGCUGUUGCUGUCGUCCGCUGCGCUGGCCAACAUCACGUUCAUGGAACCGAACGCGAUAUGGACCAUAUUGAACAUGGGCACUGCCGGGUCACUGAUAGAAGCAGUCCGGAAGAACGGUACUAAGUCGUCGGUGUUUUUGCAAGAGCAGACGGCCACGCUUUUGGCCAACAUGGCAGCGGUCCCCGAGGCCAGACCGCACAUGGCGGCCAACCACGCGGUCAUCGCUUUGCUGUGUUUCCUGCAAGUGCGGCACUCGCCGUUGCAACGCGUUCCCGAGAUAUUGGCCGCGGAACGGCUACAGCACAAGACAGCCAUCGCCUUAUCCAGACUGUGCAGCGAUGUAGAAGUGUCGAAACAAUUCGUGGAACUCGAAGGCGUUAACCGUUUGAUAAGGUUGUGCAAAGACGAACGAGAACGAAAUCACAGUGACGGUGUUCUAGUGGCGUGCUUAGCUUCGCUGCGGAAAAUCGCUGCGAAUUGUGGCAAAGAAAUAAUGAACCAAUACGACGCCGCUGAACUGAUUGAACCGAGACUGUUGGAUUCAUUCCUUUUGUAUUCAUCGAAACAAGAGAGUUAUGUUUAGGUAUUUUAACUCUCGUCGAAUAAAUCAAAUUUGCUCGUAUUACAUUAUAAUAUUAUGCUAAGCGUAAACUAUGUACCUAUUUAAUUUAUAUACAUAUGCCUAUUUGCAGGGGUGUAUUUGAGGGGGGCAGAGGGGCCCAUUCGCCGUAUUUUACACUUUUUUAUUACCGAGAGUAACCUUUUUUACUAAUUAAUUGUUAUAUUUCUAUAAAACACACGCGUUUUUUGAUUAUUUGAUCAUAAACUAUGAGAUUUUGAUUUAUAACUAUUAUAUAUGGUAUAAUUUUAAUUUUUUGUUUGAGCCCAAUAAGACAUUUCUAAAAAUACGCCCUUGUAUGAUUAUAAUAUACCAGGGGUGGCCAAGAGUCUCGCGAGCCACCAAAUAUAUUAAUACAAAUUGAAGAGCCAAGAUGUAAAAAAAAAAAGUAGUGGUCCCCCCCCUAAGCUGUAUUUCUAAACAAUUUUAUACUGUUAAAAAAAAAACUACAAAAAAAAAUCAUUGAAAUUGUCUGAAAAUUAUGACUUCCCCCGCCCCCCAACCAGGUCACUGGAACCGCCCCUGACCCGCUGUGAGUAGGUAGGUUACAAUUACUGCUCUCGUGCUACCUGAGUGCGUGAAUAAUACAUCAAUUUGUUUAACGUAAUAGAAUACAAUUUUUUUUUAGUAUGAUAUUAUAUGACAUGUAUAGGUGCCUAGUUGGUUAAGGUACCUAUAUUACUCUAUCUAGUCCGAAUCAUGACAAGUGCCAACGUAGAUGAUAAUAUUAAUAUUAUUGGAAGGUACUAGGUAUAUAAUAGCAUACAUUUUGUUCAAAUAGGUAGCUCUGUAACCAGUACAAUAUAAUAUUAUGUAUUUUUCUAUAUUAAACGUGGUAUACCAGCUAUACCUAAAUGUUUUUUUAUAUAUAAAAUGAACUUGAUUUUAAGUUAGAUAAGUACAUCGCAUUUGAAAAUGACAAAUGCGGCGUAAUCGCCUUUUUUUCUUUUUUUUUAUACCUAUACAUAUUAAAUAUUUAUUUAUAUUAUAUUAUAGGACAUAAUAUUAUAUACCUAGGUAUAAGUACGCGUCUUAUCGUUUGUAUACAAAAUCCAAACAGAAUGCACCCCGCAAGUGUUAUUCUCACUUUAUUACCAUUGUUAAAUGAUAUUACUUUUGUGUUCUAUAUAAUAGAUUUAUUAAAAAAUAUAUAUAAUAUAUACGAUGUAUUACAUAAUAAACAUAGUACCUAUAUGUAUAUGUUAUAUGAAUACAUAAAUAUUUUAUA